AUGAUUUCGACAUUAUGGCUGGGGGGGGCUCUCUGCUGUCUGAUGCUGCUCCCAGGGCUGAUGGAGGCCAAAUCAUUACUGAACUCCAUCGAGCAGGACGAGAUGGUUCCUGUCAGUCACGUUAACAUCGCCUCAGAGCAAGCAAACAGCUUCCUGACUCACUCCAGACCCAAACGCAACGUGGACCCCAGAUGGCACCGAGGAAACCCCGACUUCCAGGCUUACUACCGAUACUACAGCAGCAUCGGACACACUGAGGGGCUCUAUGAGAUCGACAAACUGCGGAUGCUCUACCAGCAGAUGAGACAACUGGAGCAGACCUACGGCCCCAAUGCCUCCUACUACCAGAACAAGCUGGGGGUUCCUCCUCCACCUCCCAUGAAAGGGGUUCCCAAUCCACCUCCCAUGAAAGGGGUUCCUCCUCCACCUCCCAUGAAAGGGGUUCCUCCUCCACCUCCGAUGAAAGGGGUUCAUCCUCCACUUCUCAUGAAAGGUGUCCCGAGGCCCACCGCGCCCCCUCCUCCUCUCCCAGCUGCUCCAUCUAUCUCCCAGGCCGAUGUUCUCUAUCUGUGCAACAAGAAGGAUCCGCUCUGCAAGCCCCACAUCGUCUACCUGCCCAGUGGCGCCAUCCCAGUGCUCUGCGACCCCCGCUACCACCCCCACUGCACCCCCCAGAAGGCUGCACCCGCCCCUGUGGCAGUGCUUCAACCUCUUCCCGCUGCACCAAAGAAGUUUGUCCUACCUCCGCCGGUCCUUGUCAAGGCUGGCCCUGCUCCCGUCCGCACCUUCAAGGGCAUGGAGUACGACUGUGACCCCUACUGGGACCCCGACUGCCUGGUGGACAGCCCCCCCAGGCCUAUGAAAGGGAAGGGUGAGGUCCCACCACCACCACCACCUAUGGAGGAGAAGGAGGUACCAGCACCUCCUGCACCCAUCGAGAAGAAAACUAAAUUCUACCCGUACCCUUACUACCCUAUGCCCUACGACCCCAGGGACGAGCUGUACGACCCGGUCCGCUUCAAGUACCCCGAGCCGGUGGAUCCUUCUGAGCCUGCUGAUGAGACUGCAGAGGCCAGCCAGUAA